UAGGUUCCCUCCACGAUCUGGUACCCCGAAGCCGCACGUCCACCAUGGGUUUUAAGUCUCUGCUCGCGUCGUUGCUGCUCGUCCCCGCUGCCACUGCGCAGUUGACCGGACACGUUGGGCCCACCACCGCGUUGUCGGCCAAGCAGGCCACCAUCUGUAGUGUCCUCGACUACGGAGGUGCCAUCGGUUCGGCCGACAUCGGCCCUGCCAUCAGCAGCGCGUUCACUAACUGUGUGCUCAAGCAUUCGGGGUCAACCCUCUAUGUGCCUGCCGGUAACUACCAGAUGCAGACCUGGGUUACCCUCAGUGGUGGUACCAAAUGGGCUUUCCGUUUGGAUGGGCUGAUCACCCGUGCUGCUACGACCGGUGGCAACAUGAUCGCCAUUCAGAACGCGAACGACUUCGAGUUCUACUCGGCCAACAGCGCCGGCGGCAUCCAAGGUCUUGGGUACCAGGCCCGCAACGCCGGACCGCGCCUCAUCCGCAUGGUCACGUCGACGAACUGGUCCGUUCAUGACCUCAUCCUUGUUGACUCGCCCGAGUUCCAUCUCGUAAUUCAGGCUGGCUCUAACGGAGAGGUGUACAACAUGGCUAUCCGCGGUGGUAACCUGGGUGGUUCCGAUGGCGUCGACGUUUGGGGUACAAACCACUGGAUCCAUGACGUCGAGGUCACGAACCGCGACGAGUGCGUCACUGUGAAGUCCCCGGCCAACAACAUUUUGGUCGAGCGCAUCUGGUGCAACCAGUCUGGAGGCAGUGCUAUCGGUAGUCUUUCCGACGGAACGGCCAUUGAGGACAUCGUCUACCGGAAUGUCUACACCAACGGUGGAAACCAGGCGUUCAUGAUCAAGAGCAAUUUGGGCUCCGGCUACGUGCGCAACGUGCUCUUCCAGAACUUCAUCUCUCGCGGAGUCGCAUACGGCCUCAACAUCAACCAGUUUUGGUCCUCGCAGACCCCUGGCACGGGGGCCGGCGUCCAGCUCUCGAACAUCACCUUCCAGAACUGGGACGGAAACGUUGUGGACGGCGUGGCGCGCCCCCCAAUCCAACUCAUCUGCGCGGACGGCGCACCGUGCUUCGACAUCACACUGGAUAACGUGAACAUGUGGUCGCAGACGAACAAGGCGGUCGUGAAGUGCGAGAGCGCGUUCGGCUCGGGCGUGUCGUGCAUCCGCAGCGGCUCGUCGCACACGAGCUACGCGAUCGUCACCCAGUCCGCAACGCAGCCCGCCGGGUACACCACCCCGACGACUAUGGCGGGCGAUCUCACCGCCGGCUUCGCGACGAACGCGGCGAUCCCGACGCCGACUAUCCCGACGUCGUUCUUCCCGGGGUUGGCCCAGAUCAGCCCGCUCGCGAAGAACAAGUAGGAUGUGUGUGGGGACUCGGGCACAGCAGGAUAUGGCUGAGAGUGCUGAUCGUAUUCGAUCAAUGGUUCAUGUUUCCACGUGUUCGUCGCGUCAAAACUAUCAGGAGUUUACUUCGCC